AUGCUCUUCAGGCUUUCGCUCGCCACGAUCUUCACGGUAUUCGCCACGCUUCCUCGCCGCUUCACUGCGGCCUUGCCUGCUGAGCUACAGGUCGGGCGCUCCAUCAAGGAUACCUGCUUCAGCCUCAACUACGUGCACUGCAUCCGGUUGCGUGACCCUCUCGCAUGGCGCGGCGACUUGAGCUACUCCAAGGGCAGCAGCGAUGAUGGCGAGAUCGAGAAUGGCGGGCGCAUCAUACUGUACACGGUGCCGACAGUUGGGAUAUACCACGGUACCUGCGGUGGACCAGGGCGCGUCGAAUUCUCCUUCGCCACCGGAGGCUAUACAGCCACAGCUACGGCUUUUGGCGUCUUGAAGGCUGUGCUCAGUGACAAUCCUGACCAGUUCUCUCAGCAUGGCAGGGCGCUCUUUUCGAAGAACGGCAACGGCACCGACUUAGUCAUCUCCUGCUAA